CAGCCACAGCGGCCGGGGCAAUAAUGGUGGCCCAGUGUAGCGCAGCCGAAGCGGCCGAGCGUCCAUGUCCGCGCUAGGCCUGGGUCUCUUGUUCGGUGGCGCGGUGGUGGAGCAGGCGGCGGUGGUUGGAGGCGGCCGCAAGCGGCGGUUAUGAGUUCCCGGGAGUGCACCGCGAUGCCGCUGUCGCGGACGCGGUCCCUGAUCGCCAACAUGAACGGCUCAGCGCCUUCGUCGGAGGCCGGCUACAUCGAGAAAAACGCCGCCAACAACAACAACUCUUCGGCGCUCGGUGGAAACGGCGGUGGCAACGGGUCCAGUCUGCUGCUGCCGCCCAUCAAGAGCCAGACCAUCGCGGGCUUCAAGUUCCAGUCGAGCGUGCACAAGCUGUUCGACGUGGACCAGAACGGCGACUCGCCCGACAACAAAGCGGUCGCCGUUGUCGGAAGCGGCGGCGCGGGGAAAACAUUGGUGGCCACGCCGGAGCAGGUGAUGAAGAUGUACAUGCACAAGCUAAGCCCGUACGAGCACCACGAGAUCUUCAACUACCCGCAAAUCUACUUCAUAGGCGCCAACGCCAAGAAGCGCCAGGGAGCGCCGGGAACCCCGAACAACUGCGGCUACGACGACGAUCAAGGUUCGUACCUCCACGUUCCGCACGACCACAUCGCGUACCGCUUCGAGAUGCUCAAGGUGAUCGGCAAGGGCUCCUUCGGCCAGGUCGUCAAAGCGUACGACCACAAGCAGCACCAACACGUGGCCCUCAAGAUGGUUCGCAACGAGAAGCGAUUCCACCGGCAGGCUCAGGAGGAGAUUCGCAUACUGGACUUCCUGCGUCGCCAGGACCGCGACAACACGUUCAACCUGAUCCACAUGCUGGAGCACUUCACCUUCCGCAACCACACGUGCAUCACCUUCGAGCUGUUGUCCAUCAACCUGUACGAGCUGAUCAAGAAGAACAAGUUCCAGGGCUUCUCCCUGCAGCUGGUGCGCAAGUUCGCCCACUCGCUCCUGCAGUGCCUGGACGCGCUGCACCGCAGUCACAUCAUACACUGCGACCUGAAACCCGAGAACGUGCUGCUCAAACAGCAGGGUCGAUCGGGCAUCAAGGUCAUAGACUUCGGGUCGUCGUGUUUCGAACACCAGCGCGUCUACACCUACAUCCAGUCGCGCUUCUACCGAGCGCCGGAGGUCAUACUGGGUGCAAAGUAUGGCAUGCCCAUCGACAUGUGGAGUCUCGGCUGCAUCCUAGCCGAGCUGCUCACGGGCUACCCACUCCUGCCCGGCGAGGACGAGGCCGAUCAGCUGGCCUGCAUCAUGGAGUUGCUAGGCCCGCCGCCUCAGAAGUUACUCGACCAGGCCAAGCGGGCCAAGAACUUCAUCAGCUCCAAGGGCUACCCGCGCUACUGCACCGUCACUACGCUACCCGACGGUGCCGUAGUUCUAGGCGCGGGACGGUCUAGACGCGGAAAGCUGCGCGGUCCUCCGGGCUCCAAGGACUGGUCGAGCGCCCUCAAAGGUUGCGACGACCCCAUGUUCGUGGACUUCCUCAAGCGGUGCUUGGAGUGGGACCCCGCGACCCGCAUGACUCCGGCGGCGGCGCUGCGGCACGGCUGGCUCCGACGUCGGCUACCGCGUACGCCCCAGACCACGGCGUCGGACUCGACCACGGUGACCCAGAGGUCCUCCGUCUCAUCCUCGAGGUCUGUGAUCGCCUCCAAGGCGACGCGGCUUGGGGACGAGCUCGCGAGUACGCUCAAACUGCCGCAGAUUGGCAAUCCUGUGUCGUGAUGGUGAUUCCGGCCCCUAUCCGGCUGUGCGUUCGUGGAUUCCUCCUCCCCGGUUUCUUAAAAACUCGUCUACCAAAACGUCCCCUGCCACUCCUCGUCGUCCGGCUUACGAUGACGUCAAAUUGAGAGACCCACGGCUACUCGACCACUGUGUGUCAAAAAAAUAUGGCCUCGUGCAGUGUAUUUGAUCUCCCAGGGAGAGAGCUUCGGCGGCUUCAGCGGUUCUCCCCUGCGCUGUGCGGCGCCUUCAACGAACGUAGUGUGUUGUUGGGCGGUGGGUUUUGCUUCUCCGUUAAUAUUAUUUUUUUUUUCGGGGUAGCCCGUCACAGGUUGUGGUUGCUGCUUAGUUUGGUGGUGUCAUCCGAAAAGAAAAAAAAAAGUGACGCUUGCGCGGCGAUUGUUGGUGAUAAAAUGACCCGCAUCGGCCCGUGUUAAGUAGUAAGCGCCAUCGCACCUCUUCGUCGUGGGUUUCCGCUACUGCGGCAUCACCGACCAAGCACACCCGGCCGAGGCCUUCCCCGCCCUGCAUCGGAUUAUGCACUACUUCAUGUGGCCUCCCUCCCUCCAAAAAAACACAGCAACUUCGGACUAAAAGAAGGCUGCGCGCAUACCGUGUAAAUCGGGCAAGUCGAAGCAACAAUCUCCUAAUUACUCCGCUAGCACAUUCUUCCUAUGUCUUUUCUCUCUCUCUCUCUCUCUGCUGCUUUUUUGAGAUCGAGUGAAUUCAAUCGUAUAAACCAAUUUACUAUUCGCCCGUCAAAGGCUCGAUUGUGCAGUGUGGGAAGUACCGGUUUUACACUAUUUUGGUUUCCCACGUAUUGCUGAGAUAGUCGUAUUUAAGAGCCGCGCGUAUAAUUAUAUUAAUAAUGCAUUCUUUGUAAAAAAAUUCUACAAAAAAUUCACUUUUUUUCUCCCUAGCUUUUAUGUCGCUGUUGCGGAGUUGUUUUUUGAGUUGCCUGCCCGGACCUUGUUGCGCAUCUAUUCUUGUCGAGUGCUGUAUUGUUUUCCUGUACAAAUGUGUUUUUUUGUGUGGGGAUUUCAGUCAGGGGGAGUGUUUUUUUUUUCUUCCUGUAGGCGGUUCCCCCAAACUUUAUUUCAUAUACAUAAGCAUGUCUACGAGGGCCUCGCCCCUGUUUUGACCUCAUUUGAACUCUUGCAUGGCACACUGCCGUUUUUAUUUAAAGCCCCAUUUUUUAUAACGUUAUUUUUGUUCCCGCUUAUUCACGACGAACUUCCUCGCGGGGCUUGAAAGAGGGACGUCAGGUCUGCUAAGUGCGGCGUACUGAUGGUUGUUGCGAUCCAUUUCCCGAUCGGAAAGGGUGUUGGCAGUUUUAAAAACAACCGUUAACGUAAAGGCUUCUGCCGCGUACGAGGGAAAGAAACACAGAAUGGAGUCCGCAGAUCUGUGAUAUUUUGUGUGUACUGACAUGUAGUGGGGGGGUUGGUUCAGGCCAAGGAGGAUUCAAGGAAAAAAAAAAAUGCUGUAGUGGAAGUCUCUCUCAAGUGCGGCCAAGAAACCGCCAUCUUACCAGUGCCAGUAUGAAAUGUCAGCGUGUAGCUAAAAAAAAAAAAAAACGUAGCAUUUUCCUCACACGUCCAAUCCAUUUGAUCCGCGUAAUUUAUUGGACCAGAUAGCGCGUGACGUGUGCCUCUGUGUUAGGUUUCCUUCAGAACGGCAACCUAAUUAGAGAUCCUGGAUUAGCGCAAUCUGGAACAGUGAUCUGCUAUUUGAUAACUAGCUUAAAGUUAACACUAACAAAGCAAACCCGCGACCAGUAACGAGUCAAAAUCGGAGGGAGGCGUACCAUGGCUUCACCUUUGCCGGUGUUUGGAGGAAGAAGAACACGCUUAAUUCCACGGCGCAGUUUCUACCGGUAAUGCUUCGCGACUUCCAUUGCAGCAUUAAAAAAAAAAAUCCGCCUUGGUUCAGGCACUCACUCGCUUAACGCGCUAGCCCUAAAGCUAGCGCCAAACUAGAACCAGCCACCCCGCAACAUUUUUUGUUUUAUUUCGCGCGUCGCAUCUUUGUUCUCGUCUGCGUUCAUUUCAUCUUUCUCACCGAGGCAUCGCUGGGGUUGGUUGCCCGCCGUGGCGGUUGCACGGGCACUUUUUUUCCCCCUCUGUGCUUCGUCCGCGAACCCCUCUUUCCGGUUAUAUUUGGGUUGGAGAGCGAGCGUGGAGGGCAAGCGGGCUCGGCUACGUUUUUUUUUUACUUCUUCGUCUUCUUCAUCGUUUCCUCCUUGCCGUGAGGGCGCUGCCUCCUCUCCACUGAAGCUUUCGAGGAAGAAAUGAAAGAUGGCAAAAAGAAACAUUUUCGCGUCGCCGCUGUCGGUGCAUCGACUGCUCUGGAAACCUUCUAAAGGGCGCAUUGUCGCCUAGCCUUUAGCGCAGCGGCUUCCCCCCUUCUCGGUCACCUAUAACAGCUGCCGCGUCCUUCUUUCUUUAUUUCUCUGAGUGCGAAGAAAGAGGGAAAGAAAAUGAAAUGUAGUGAAGAGUAGUGAGUUCACCCCCCCGAGAAGCGGGUCUUCUCGAUCACGGGUGCCAUCGCCGCCAUGUUGGAUGUGUGCGUUCGCUCCAAGCUUGAGUAGGGCAAACGCUGGAGGCGCCAAUUCGCUUUUGUUGCAUCACUAGCGCCUUUUCUGUUUCCUUCGCCUUCGUGUGUGUUGCCCGUAGUAUCUUUUAUCCAGCAAAUCUUAGUCUUUAUUUGAAGCUAUGUUGGACUCUCUUUUGUGUGACGCAGGAUAAAAAUAUUGUAUCCUCUUGAGUCCGUAGGUUCACUUUCGAUUGCGAUCGGGGUUAAUAUGGGUGGGAUUUCUCGAUCGCGAUUGAUCGGUGCACUCACUCACUCAAUGAGUGAGUGAAACUCAUUAAACAAUUGUAUCGGGCCAGUUGGGCGCUUGUGUGUUCUGUGUAAUAGUUGCUGCGCUUCCUACCAAGAUGAGUGAAACAACUUUAUUAGGUCCAAACGCGGUCCGAAACUCAUCCAGAUCGAGCGUUCUUUCUUUUGUUUUAUUUGUGUGGCAUGGAAGGAAAAUCGCCUGUCCGUUCGAUUCCGAUGGGCGCCGAUCGGGAUGGGAUUUCUCGAUUGCGAUUGAACAACAAUCGCCUCCGCGCGGUCCAAAACUAACCUGGAUCGAGUGUGGCGCAGACGCUGGCGAAAUCGCGAUUUGGUUUCAGAUCCGAGAUUGCCAUGCAUAUACACACAUCUCGAUCGGGCGUCAUCGCGGUUGAAAGUGACAGUGUAGCUGCACCCGAUGUCCGGAUCGGUCCUUAUAGCGAUCGAGAGAGUGGUUUGACCUCGGUGAUGCACCUCCAUUUUUUUCUUUGUUUCGGUUACGUCUUCACUUUCGAAUUCGCCAGCCCAAAAAAAGAACACUAUGAAUGACAAUACUCAGCUUUCUUCUCCUCUUUCUGUUUCUCCUAGUUUUGUAGUUACGGCGGCUUUCUCAAGUGAAACCAAAGAAAGGGUUAUUUCAAAUGAAUAAAAAAAAACAGUGGCAACGAAUGCUCAAAGUAAACAAGAAGAGAAAGGAAUGUGUGACAUCUUGGCUCCGAUUGCCAACUUCCUUGCCCUCUUUUUCUUAUUUUCUUUAUUGCACAUACACAAAGCGCGAAAAUGUUCACGAAAACGCAUCUCCAUCACUCUUGAAGGAGGUGGGAAAAAAAAUAUGAAGGAACUACUGCCAAUGACCUGUGAUAACUGCAGACUUAUACUUCUCAGUGCAGUGCGUGCACCCCCCCACCCCAAUUCUCUUUCUGACUACGCGCCAUUUUGUUGCUCUGAAUGCACGGGCAAUUCUUUUCCUCUCAAGUACAACAACGUUCCAAUGGUUGAACUUAUAAAUGAAUUCUGCGAGGCUGUUUGGUUUUGGCAGUUGGUUGGUCGCAGAGUUGGGUCAUUAUGGUGACGGUCAAGAGUUGUCGGAAGUGACCUGAACAGUUUUAACCUCACUUGUCUCAAGCGACACUACCUCUGCUUUUGUUUGCUUUGCGACUGGAGGACCUCUGGCACUGCAAGGCCGCAGCAGGUCUGCGAACCUUGAACAAAAAGCAAGGCUUUCCAAGACUCACUUAUAAAAUUGCAUAGUUGUUUCUUCUACAUCAUUGCCCCUAUAUUCAAAUUAUAUUCAAAUAUUCAAAUUAUAAAGCUUUUGCAGCUGCCUGUCCUGAAUAGUUUGGCGCAAGCCUACUCAAAAUAGCUUUCGAUUGCUCUUUCGGGUAGUAGAUGAGAGUGGGUCGCCAUCACGUCACGGGUAGUUGAAUCAAAGCGGGUGUCAUCCGAUGCCGAUAUUUCAACCCUUGGUUUCCAUUUUGCUGUGACCUCCCCCUGACUGGUAGUUUAGAGAAGUGGGACUGAAGCAACCGAUGCCAGUCAAGGGGGUUCCUCCUUGUCGUGCUCCCCGAGUAAUCGUGUCUAGUUAAAUCGAAAGUAGAUGAACUUGUUCGAUAACUGUGGUUGUGAGAUAGUGGUGCUCUUAGAAAAAAAAAAAAAAGAAAUGGCCAUUUUAGUUUUGUGUAGGUAUUCUCAGUAGAUCUGACUUGGGAAAACACUGUUGUUUCGUGUUCUGAUAGGCGUAGGUUGUCCAGCGCGAUAAGCUGUGCGUUAUUGUUUGCACAGUGACUGCGGACUAUUGUAAAAUCUUUUUUUUCCUCGUGUUCACGCCUAGUGCUAGGAGAGAUCGCAGCGUGAAACAUAUUGUCUUUUUUUAGGAUUGUGACAUCUUACUCUAUGUUUCCGUAGAAGUCGGACUCUGUAGAUACUCAUGUUUCCCCUUCCUUUUUUUUUUAUGCAGAUAAAAAAUUCAUCACAGCCAUUGCAGCUUUGUGAGGCCUCGGGUACUGCUUGCAUUUUCUUUUCUUUGGCACCACGGCUUGUGGGACAUCUUUCUAACAGAAUGGGAAGUAAAAAGAAUAGAACAGGUUUACGGAAAGAAAGAGUGGUAAAGUUGACCUAUACCCUCCUGCUUACAUUAUUGAAAGUUGAUUAAAUUCUAGAAAAUCUUAAGGCUGCAACAUUGUUCAACCUAACUCAGAAAAUUUCAUAGUAAUGUUCAUCUUUAAGGUCGGCAGAAAUAAACAUCGGAGCAUUGACAAUGUGCGACUUCACCUUAUUACAAAAUAUGGCUGUCGUUCAUUGCUCACUAUCAAAAUGCUCUGCAGCUGACGUACGUGGUUAUUGGGCAUGAAUCGAGCCAGUCCAUCACUCUGUAGAAUUUAAUACGACAUUGAAUUGGCAGUCAAUUCGCAUCUAACUGUGAUUUCCUAACUGCAGAGUUUGCUCACUUAAUAAAGCCACCUGCCGGUAAAGCUUUGAUGCUGGGCUUGAAUCCCACGUUUAGAUAAAUUUGUUCACUACUAGGGAGCUUUCUUUCUGAGAAAUCUGUGUAGACAUCCUUUUAGCUUUCUGCUACAUAUGGAUGACAGGACAGUUCUCCCCUUAUCCUGAAUUUAAUUCGGUAGGAAUGUGUUCUAGUACGUCAUGGGUGUCUGCAGAAUUUUGUCUUGGAAGGGUGCAAACCCAUGUGGCAUUGCAGUAUGGCUUGGCCUCGUUCACACUUCAGUUUUGUUAACGUCGCUUCCUAGCGCAACAGAGUGGAACACAGGGCUGUGACACGAAUCUCAUUCACCUGCAAGCUUCACGGAAUGCACGUUUGGCAACUCUGGUGUAGCGAGCGGUCGGUGACCGAUCGACUGUUGGCAGACUUCCUGGCAGCUACAAAGCGGCAUAUACGUGUGCUAGACCGCCAGAGAAGACGGCCGCAAGGUUGAAGACCUCGGGCCGACUUUUGAUUUGUCAGCUGUAGCUCUUUAAGGAACACCCCUCCUUCCCUUCUCUGCCGGCCCGGCAUUGGAUCCAUGCCCAUUCGUAUGGAGACCCCUUGCCGGCACAUCAGACGAGCCGCUGCUUGGAGUUUAAUUUGUAUGGCAAAGGGGUGUUGGGCCAUGAUCCCUUUUGGGUGUGGUUGGGCCUCAUCCUUAGCUUGAUGCGGAAGGAGCCUUUCUGUGGCCCAGUGUUCCACAUUGCCCCCUUGUCCGGAAAUGCUGGCAGGUCCUCUUUACCCUCCCGUGGUGUUCUGCCUUUUGAUGUUGGCGUUGCGCAGGAAAGCUCGGGGUUCAGGGAGGGGGUUCCUAUUUAUAGCUGUGCCACAGCGUUUUGCUUUUUUGGUUGAGGCCAAGUUUUUCGCUUGUGCUGGGACCACAUGCUCUUUUUCUUCCGAGAUCUGUGCGUGACCUGCUCACGCACUUUUGCAGGUCUCACGUUCCUCGAGCGGGGUGAGCCGUGUUAACUCAUGAACAACACUCGUGCUUGUUGUAAGUUGUGAUGUUACCAGCGUUAAGAUGCGCAUUUUGUACUGGUGUUGUACUCUGUUUCUCGCGAGCUAAGUCCUUCAUGGUCGUGCGGAAUGGUUGUGCUUUGCGAGAGGCUUUUUAGUACGCUGUACUGUCUCUUCAUGAUCACUCACUCCGAUUAGCGCUGUAAGAAAAUUUGUUGUCAUUAGCGUAGGUAGCAUCGUGCAGAGAUGUGAAGCAUCGUCUGAAAACUGAGCAAUGCUUUUAAAAAACAUUGGCCCUUCUCUGAUGCCACAUCUAUCUGCACUUUUUCCUUUUAAUGUCUAGCGCCUAUUUCAGGUCUUCUCACUCUGAUUGUUUAAAUAGGUCUCUAUUCACAGCUAUUUUUAUCCCCUGAUGCUAGCUAGCUACUUGUCUGGUAGCGUCGAAACAUUAGACUGUCACUAUUGUUUCUGUCAGUGAACGUACACUAACUUGUGGCAACUACUACAGACUACUUGGUAGUAGUAGACACAUAGCUUUGAAUGUGCGUGGGCCUUAGUGCUGCACAAAUGAAUUAUUUAGGCACGUCUCUCAUGAACAGCUGUCAUAGACAAACUUCCCAUCCUUCAAGUAAAAGAGAUUAUUUUCUCGAGCUUCUGAAUGGUUGAAGAGCUGAUCGAUGCACUUUUUGUAUUAGAGCAGCCAGCUUAUUCUUAAAAUUAUGUGCAGCUCAUGAGAACUAAAGUGCAUUGCAUUGCGGCGUAUCAAGCCGCCAAACGAUGGUUUAUGACGCACUGACUAGAAGCUGAGCUUUGAAACAUAUGAUCAUGAAAUGACCCUUUGCAGUGUACCAGUGCUACAAGUCGUGCUAUGGCAGGCACCUGGGUGCAGACAAGGCUGUUUAAAAACAAUGAAUAUAAUGUGAGCAACUUGUUUCGUGCAGAUUUGCUUAGUGACAACAUGCAGUUAAUGCAGUUGUGAAGCACGGUAAAGCAGUCAAAAGAUGGGCCGUGAACUGUAAUAGCCAUCAAGAUAAUCUCUUUGCUAUUGCAAAGUGAAUGCAGCUCUUUUGUAGCGUCAAAGUCCUGCUGUAACAAUAUCUCGGACUGUGUGAAAUCAGAUACUGGACACGUAUGGCAACACAACCUCUGCGAAAUUUCCUGUUUUAAGUGUAAGUGGGCGCAUCGCAAAAUUUUCAGAAAGACAGACGCCCACAUCGCAACUGCUCUUAACAUUGCAGUGCGUAUAUUGGAUAACUGGUAGUUGUAUGGAGGAGGUGCCAUGGGAAUGGAUUAGCAAUUAAGGAGUGACUUAAACCCUGCAUUCACAAAUGCUCCUCGACUCGAAUUUCUUCAUUCACUAGGCAGAGUUGAGCACUACGCCGCUGCUCAACUGAAAAUGACGCUUCACUUCUCGGUAAUCUCAACAGAUUAUCGCUGAUAUGCAGUGAUUUUCUCUGCCUAAAGGCAACCGCUCCCAUCAACUUUCUCAAUUCAAGGUGAAGCGUGAGUGAAGGCAUGUUUUAGAAUACGGGGGUAAGUGUGAAAGUUGGAAGGAAUCAAAUGGAAUGUAAUUGCACAAGAUGGUAGCAGUUUCAUAUCGUUGAGAGAGGCCUUUGUCUUGGAGUUGGUAUCGGCGUAUUCCAUCUGUGAGAUGGUUGUAACAGGGUAAAUUCGGGAGCUCUGUGAAAUUCCACAUCGGCCUUGGUGUAAGCAAAGGAGUACAAGUUAUAGAUUGUGCCACUCACGCAAAUUCAUGUGCCACUACGUUUUCUACGCUCUACCAGUAGCCGCCAGCCUUCAUGCCUCAAGGCACUUGCCGUCUUGUAUACUAGCACUGUUAAAAAUGGCCAGUCACGUGUGUCCCCGGGCCAGAUACCAGGUAGUUGCAAGCUUUGUACAUUUCGCGCAUCCUCCUAGCUGUGUACGUCUGCCGACACUGCACAUCGAUCAGCUCUGCGCGUUUUAUUGCACUUGUGAUGGUGCACCUCGCCGUAUUUUUCUUUUUCUUGUUUCGUCCGCUAGCUGCAGACGUGCGGUGCAUGCAUUUGCUAAUAAAACCAGUGGUAUUAAGACGCCGUGCAGCUUAGGUGGUCCUGUGCCAGACUUCAGGGACCCUUGUGUGGCUUGCUCAAAAACCGCCAUCUCUCUCCCCGCAGUACGCGUUGUUGGGGUAGCAUUUAAAUAGCUCUUGUCCUGUUGAAGAGGAGAGGGGGUCGAUGUGUGUUGCCCCGGGCAGCGGAAGCAGCAGCUGAACUGUUGUAUAAGUUGUCGUGCAGCCAGCGCACACUGAUCUCACCAGGGCUGCCGUCUUCCAGGGGUGGGUUCUAUUUAGGAAGGGUGUGCACCGGGAUGUGGUGGUCCCGGGUCGACUGACAAUGGUUCCGGAACACUGCUUCGCCCUCUUCUGCGGUUGUUAUCGACAGCAACCUCUCUUUGUUUCUUUUAAGGGACGAUAAAAAGAUGGAUCUUUCUCUCGUUUCAGUGAAUAAAGCUUUUGCAGUACCGAUUGCAGUGGGGUUGUUGCGAGAAUACGCUUGGGUGAGACAGAAAAUGUGCGAGAAAGAGAAUGCACUGUGUCGUCAUUGAUAGUGGCCUGCUAGGGACCUGCCCAAUUCUUUAGUGGUAAAAACAAGCUACUUUGUAUUGAGAAGCUAUAAACUUCAACAUAGCGGGUUUGAGGAAAUUUCGGUUAGCCAGUGUGGCCAAAAGUACGAUCAAGAAAGGGUCAGAACUUUGUGGUGUUACACUGGCAUGCAUAUGCGAAAGUUCUAGUGUCGAGUGCAUGAAAUGGUUCAUUUUCUUUUCUGAUGACAAAUUCAUAAUCGUGAAAUUAAUGAAAAUGGAUUCCUCCGAAUGUUUUAUCAGUCUAACUGAUUUAGCGCUUGCUUUAGUGUUUACUUUAAAGUUUUUGUUGCUUUGCAAGUUCCACUUUGCUUUCCAGAAAGACUCUCCAGUUUUUAUUGGCAGCUGUUUCGGUCUUGUCUCCUUCCACCUUGGAAAGAAGAACUGGUGAGGAUAGACGCGCACAUCACCAGUCUCUCUGGGGGCUCUGCGGGGGCACUUCUCGUCUGCGGAAGGUCGUCGUGUUUUCAUUGGCCGCAGACUUGCUCAGCAAAUCUGUCUCCGAGAACUGUGUUUGAAAGAUGGAGCAAGGGCACUCUGUCUGCGCGGCUGUCUCGGCAGCUGGGCUGCCGCAUUUGGAACAGAGAAGCAGAGCAACCGUUUAGGGGUCACAUGCAUCCGCUAACACUCUGCAUUCUGCUGCGAGGUGCUUCCCUCUUUUUCUUUUUUGUGAAGCACUGCACUCUUCUUAGUGUUCUUGCCAAGAUGGUGUGACAGGGUGUGGCCUGACCUGCUGCUUUGUUUUCUUUAACUCUCUUCCGCGGUUGUUGCUGGAGACACAAAUUGCAGUAGCUGGUACGUAAAAUUGGCAGGCUCAUUUCAUCAUCCAUACAACAUAGGGCACUUGGUUCCCGUGGAGACGUCAGAGAUAUUGUCGCGGAAUUAGCUCUUGCUUUUCUCAUCGUUCUUUUUUUUUUCUCUUAGGAGCAUGUCGUGCGUGUGUAAUGCGGGCAUGUGCAGCUUCGGGUUCAACGUAUGCGAUGCGUCUUGUGGGUGUUUGUUAACAGGUACGCUUUUGCUCGUCACCUACGUGCAUUUGUGAGCUGUUGUAGUAUCUUGAAAAUGAAGGGUCGACGCGGUUGAUGCAAAUGGUGCAGGCAAAAAAAAAAAAAUAGACACCUUAUAGCGCAGCUUAGGAAUCUCUACAUCCGAAGAGCCACAGUCCUGGUGAUAGAAUUGUAAUUAUAUUCAUUACAUGCUAUCAUUUCAAUUGGUACGUAUUUUUCAGUUAUAAUAUUUGCCGUAAAAUUUGCGCUAAUUCGCCGAAGUGCAUGGCUGAUAGUUACACAUUUGUGUAGCAGAUAAGAAAAUGCAACAAUGAACAUACCUGCAUGUUAAUUAGUAAUCUGCCUGGUCAAAGUACUAAGGAAAGUUGCUAUUCUUUGUCUCUAUCAUCCAAUAAUCUAACUUUUCAAUGAACGGAGUUCUCCCUGUGUAGUUUGAAUUGCGGCUAGCCAGGGCUCGCAAUCUCGCCUUAAGGGCUGCAAUGAGUGCCUACUGCGCGACUGCAUCACUCGCGACGACCCAGACACUUGUUAGGGACCCAUAAGUUGGUGCGUGGACCUCUCUGCAACACGCCGCACCGCUUGUACGGUCUCGUGUUGGGCCUCGACACCCUUCUAGGAGCACCCCGCUCUCCCCGAGGGUGUCUGUGGCAUUGUUGAACUUUCUGUUCCUCUUACUCUAGUGUUCAAAUCUUUAGGUCUCGUACAUGUCUGUGUACCACUCGGGAGGCAGGUGUCACACGGUAAUUGUGUGCUUGCGCUUUGCUCCCUUGUGUCUUAGACUGAAGCCAUUGCACUGUGGUUUUGCACACAUUGAGUGUGUGCUUUUUUUUUUUUUGUCUCUAUCUCACGGUCGGGACUUGGGAGGAGAGGAGACGACGACGCGCUCUCUUUUUAGUCAAGUGCGGGUGCCGCGUGGAUUCGUGGCACCUUCAGCCAUUGGUGGCGUCGAUGUUGUCUGCCGAACCCUGUACAGAGGACGCUUUUGUGAGUGCUUUAGUGAAUUGUGGAAAUGUUGGCGGCGCGUUGGACCGCCCCUUUAAUCUUUUUUUUUGCAAACAUAGUGGCAGUGGAAAUGGCUUGUGUGUGCAUGUAUGUGUGUGCGCGAGUGCAUUUUAGGGUGUGCACGGUUGCUAUGUGAAACUUCCAGCAUUGUACAUAUGUGGACUGGAAUUAAACAAUGUGUGAUGAACUUUUACACACCUAGGCUUU